AUGGCGUCGUUCAACAACCCAACACAGAUUUUCGCUGAAGAUGUUACGGAGGAGAAAGGCGAAAAUGCUCGUUUGUCCGCAUUUGUGGGAGCUAUAGCAGUAGGUGACCUUGUCAAAAGCACCCUGGGGCCUAAAGGAAUGGACAAGAUCUUACAAUCUGCUUCUACUGGUGAGAUAAUGGUUACAAACGACGGGGCUACAAUCCUCAAAGCAAUAGCCCUCGACAACGCUGCGGCCAAGGUCCUUGUCAAUAUCUCGAAGGUGCAGGACGAUGAAGUUGGGGAUGGAACUACGUCGGUCACUGUUCUCGCAGCGGAACUCCUAAGAGAGGCGGAAAAGCUUGUGGAACGUAAAAUACAUCCUCAAACCAUUAUCGAAGGCUACAGGAUUGCCAGCCGUGCUGCCCUUGAAGCCUUGGAGAGGAUUGCUGUCGACAAUAGCAAGGACCCGGUUGCGUUCCGAAAGGAUAUGCAUGCCAUUGCCCGCACAACGCUCAGUUCCAAAGUUCUCAGCCAAGACCGAGAUCAAUUUGCGAGAUUAGCCUGUGGUGCUGUCCUCAGACUCAAAGGAUCCACCGAUUUAAGCCAUAUACAAAUUAUAAAGAAGGCUGGCGGGAAGCUAAGCGACUCAUAUCUUGACGAGGGGUUCAUUCUGGACAAGAAGAUCGGUGUGAACCAGCCCAAGAGGCUUGAAAAUGCGAAAAUUCUGGUCGCGAAUACUGCUAUGGAUACUGAUAAAAUCAAAAUUUUCGGUGCUCGAGUGAAGGUCGAAUCGACUGGGAAAUUAGCAGAAUUGGAGAAGGCGGAAAGAGAAAAGAUGCGAGCGAAGGUCGAAAAGAUCAAGGCACAUGGAAUCAACUGCUUCGUCAAUCGGCAACUCAUAUACAACUGGCCAGAGCAACUUUUUACCGAUGCUGGGAUUGUUUCCAUCGAGCACGCUGAUUUUGACGGCAUUGAACGUCUGGCACUGGUAACUGGAGGGGAGAUCGCAUCCACAUUUGAUCACCCGGAACAGGUUAAGCUGGGAAGGUGUGAUCUUAUUGAAGAAGUCAUAAUUGGCGAGGACACUCUAAUCAAAUUUUCCGGCGUUGCGGCUGGCGAAGCCUGUACUAUCGUUCUCCGGGGCGCCACCGAGCAGCUCCUAGACGAAGCAGAACGAUCUCUACACGAUGCGCUUGCUGUCCUCUCCCAAACAGUGCGUGAGCCAAAAGUGACGUUAGGUGGGGGCAACGCCGAGAUGGUGAUGGCAAAGGCAGUCCAGCAAAUCGCUCAAAACACCACUGGGAAAAAGCAAAUUGCUGUGGACGCAUUCGCCCAAGCCCUCAAACAACUGCCGACCAUUCUUGCAGAUAACGCCGGGUUGGACUCGAGCGACCUUGUCACGAGGUUGCGGCAAGCUAUUAAUAAUGGAAUGACAAGCUCUGGACUAGAUCUUCUUACUCCUGGUGGUGGUAUCGCGGACAUGCGGGAGCUGGGUGUGGUAGAGAGCUACAAGUUGAAACGAGCAGUCGUGUCGUCAGCAUCCGAAGCUGCAGAGCUAUUGCUCCGGGUAGACAACAUUAUCCGGAGUGCUCCAAGAAAGCGAGAACGCAUGUGA